AUGGCUUUUGGAUAUAGAUCCAAGGGGCUGGAUCCGAGGAGGAUGAUCGGCCAGCCCGCCAGCCAGCCCGAGCGGGGGAGCGCGGCGGGGGCGCCGUCGCGGGACUGCCCCGAUGGCCAGUGGCAGCCCUCGCCGCCGCCGGCGGAGCACCAGCCGCCCAAGAAGGACGUGGAGCUCAUCCUGGUGAAGCAGCAGAACGGCGUGCAGUACACCAGCUCCAACCUCCUGCAAAGCGGCAGCUCCAACUACAGCUCCGGCGCCCCCGAGCCCGUCCGGGAGACGUGGGGCAAGAAGAUCGACUUCCUCCUCUCCGUCAUCGGCUUUUCGGUGGAUCUGGCCAACGUGUGGAGAUUUCCCUACCUCUGCUACAAGAACGGGGGAGGUGCCUUCCUCAUCCCUUACAUCCUCUUCCUCAUCAUCGCUGGGAUGCCCUUAUUCUAUAUGGAACUAGCUUUGGGCCAGUAUAACAGAGAAGGGGCUGCGACUGUGUGGAAAAUUUGUCCACUUUUUAAAGGUGUAGGCUAUGCGGUGAUACUCAUAGCUCUCUACGUGGGCUUCUACUACAAUGUCAUCAUAGCUUGGUCUCUGUACUACCUGUUUGCUUCCUUCACCCUUGGGGAACUUCCCUGGACCAAAUGUGGCAAUCCCUGGAAUAGUGCCGACUGCAUGGACCCCAGGAAUGCCUCGGUGCUUGUUACCGGAGUCACUUACUCCAAAUACAAGGUUACUCCAGCUGCGGAAUUCUAUGAACGGAGAGUUUUGCAGGUUCACCAAAGCCCCGGGAUUCAAGAUAUUGGCUGGCCCCGAUGGCAGCUUGUGUUGUGUCUUUGGGUGGUGGUGAUCGUUCUUUUCUUUAGCCUGUGGAAAGGUGUGAAGACUUCCGGAAAGGUCGUAUGGAUAACAGCCACCUUGCCUUACGUUGUCUUAUCGGUACUGUUAAUCCAUGGACUAACUUUGCCUGGUGCAUAUGAUGGAAUCAAAGCAUACCUCAACAUUGAUUUCAGAAGAUUAAAAGAAGCCACCGUAUGGAUUGAUGCAGCCACACAGAUAUUUUACUCCUUAGGAGCUGGUUUUGGGGUCUUAAUUGCUUUUGCCAGCUAUAAUAAAUUCGACAACAACUGUUACAGGGAUGCAUUGAUGACCAGUACAAUCAAUUGCGUCACCAGCUUCAUCUCAGGAUUUGCAAUUUUUUCCAUCUUGGGCUACAUGGCUCAUGAAUAUAAAGUCAGCAUCCAGGAAGUGGCCACUGAAGGACCUGGAUUAGUCUUCAUCCUUUACCCAGAAGCUAUUUCCACCCUGAAUGGAGCAACAUUUUGGGCAGUUGUGUUUUUCAUAAUGCUGCUUACGUUAGGCAUUGACAGUUCGAUGGGUGGCAUGGAGGCUGUCAUCACGGGCUUGGCAGAUGAUUUCCAGAUCCUGAAGAGGCGCAGGAAGCUGUUCACCUUUUGUGUUUCCUUCGGCACCUUCUUGCUUGCUCUGUGCUGUAUAACAAAUGGUGGAAUUUAUGUGCUUACUCUUCUGGACACAUUUGCUGCUGGGACGUCCAUCUUGUUUGCUGUUUUAAUGGAAGCCAUUGGUGUGUCCUGGUUUUAUGGUGUGGACAGGUUCAGUGAAGAUAUUGAGCGGAUGAUGGGUUUCAAACCAGGCCUCUACUGGCGACUGUGUUGGAAAUUUGUGAGCCCAGCUUUUCUACUGUUUGUGGUAAUAGUCAGUGUUGUCAAUUUCAAACCACUGACCUACGACGAAUAUGUCUUCCCACGAUGGGCCAAUUCUGUCGGAUGGGGCAUAGCAUUGUCUUCGAUGAUCCUCGUUCCUGCAUACAUUGUCUAUAAAUUAGUGAAAGCACAGGGGACCUUUAAGCAAAGACUUGCGUACUGCAUCACACCUGAGAAUGAGCAGCAUCUUGUAGCACAAGGGAAUGUGCGGCAGUUCAAGCUCCAACACUGGCUAACUAUAUGAUGAUAGCAUCUGAAAGCAGGGGAAAACAGUACAUUAUCAAGACAAAUUGAGAACAGUAUCUGAGAAGUCACUGUUGGAACUCUUGAUCGUGCCUCGUCCUAGUUGGCUGGCUAGCUGCCUAAGAAGUUCAUCUCCAAAUUUCUUUAGGUGAAGAAUCAUCUCUCCUCAUCUACCACCCAAUCAUUCUUUAUUUUUUCAAGUGAACUUCUCAAAUGGUUUGAAUUUUCUUUCUUUCUUCCUUCCUUCCUUUUCCUUUUUUUUUUUUUUUUUAAUGACAGAAACACAUAUGCAUGGACAUGGUUUUCAGGGUGCUGAACUUAAUCCUGACCAAAAAAGGUUAUCUUUGCUAGUGAGACAAAGAGAAAUGGAAGGAUAAAAAUUACCAAGCUAUUUAUAGCUGUCUUAUCUGGGGCACAAAGGGAAAUCAAUUGAAUAUUUUAAGAUCCCUCUUUUAAAAAAUGAACCAAACUGAAC